CGCUGCUGCGCUUUCCCCUUCCCGGGGCUGCCUCGGAGGCUCUCCGCCGCCGGCCCCGCGCGCCCCGGGCGCAGGAAAACUUUCCCGGGGUUUCUUUUCCGCCUCGGAGCAGAGGCUUGAAAGUUGCAAGAACUGGUGGCGCCCGGGCGCCCGGCGGGGGCUCGGCGAGGGGCCGCGGCCCCACCAUGUGCACCAACAUAGUUUACGAGUGGCUGAAGGCGCUGCAGCUCCCGCAGUACGCGGAGUCCUUCGUGGACAACGGCUACGAUGACCUGGAGGUGUGCAAGCAGAUCGGGGACCCGGACCUGGACGCCAUCGGGGUGCUGGCGCCCGCGCACCGCCGCCGCAUCCUGGAGGCCGUGCGCCGCUUGCGGGAGCAGGACGCGGCCGCCGCCGGCCUCUACUUCACGCUGGAGCCGCAGCCGCAGCCCGCGCCGCCCCGGCCGCCCGCCGCCUGGGUGCCCACCGGCCGCCGGGGGGAGCCGGGCGGCGGCCCGGCCCCGGGCCCCCGAGGGGGCCCCCGCAGCCCGACGGCCGCCCCGCGCGGCAGAGAGCUGGUGAGCUACCCCAAGCUGAAGCUGAAGAUCAUGAUCCGGGACAAGCUGGUGCGCGACGGCAUCCACCUGAGCAAGCCCCCGUACUCGCGCAAGGUCCCAAUGGCUGGCAUCCUAGAGUACUUAAUGAAUUGGCCGAAGUCAUCACAGAACCGCUAGAUAUCAUUUUUGAGACCUCGUCGAGGACUGAUGAGGUGCCUGAAGACUGGAAAAGGGCAUAUUUAGAAUCUUCUUUCAAAAAGGGAAAUGGAUGGUGACCCUGGAAAUACGCAUCAGCUUAACUUUUUGAUUGGAAAAAUUCUGGAAUAAUCAACUUAGUAAAUUGGGUAACUAACGUAUAAUAGCUAGACAUCAGGCAAUGAAAUAUCACACAUCAAGAAGUACCACAUUCAUGUUUAGAAGACACAUUGCUAUGAGAUACAGUCUUGUGCAUAUUUUGGGAUUCUUCCUUCCAUUCUAUGAGUUCUUAAUGAAAAUGAGUAAGAUUGACUAAGGCAUAUGGGUGGUAACUGCUUUUAAGUGUAGGACAAGACAAGAAAAACAGUUUUCUGGCAUUCACUAAUAAUUGCAUUAUUUCCAAAUUAACCUUCAGAGAAUAAGUAGCCUUAAUAUUUGAUUUUAACAUACAUUCUUUCACUUCAUAUAGAGCCAUGCUUUGAUAGCUUGAGAUAUUUUAUGUCAUUCUAUAUAGAAUAGAUUGGUAUGGGGAUUCUUAUUUUAAGGUGUUUUAUAUAGUUAUUUCAUGUAUAGGUUAAUCAUGAAACUGAGGCAUUAAGGAUAGUCACCAAGGGAAGACAGUUGUUUCUACCUUCUUUUAAAUUUACUCUAGCUAGAAUUUAGGGUUAGGACCAGUAAGAGUGUCUAGCUUUGACUUAUAUGGAGCAAGAGCCGGUUACAUAGAGAUAGUUAUCCUUGCUUAGUGCACUGCCUGGCCUAUGCAGGGCCUUCUCUGCUUAUUUUACUCCUUAGUUUCUGACUUCAGGCCUGUUGGGGUAGGGGGUGAGCAGAGACAGUGGGCACUGAGAUCCCUGUAUAGCCGCAGUCAAAAAGCAGAGGGCACAAUGAGAUGGAGUGAGAUUAGGAUGAAUCUGAAAUGUUUCUCAUUCCUAUUCUUCUUGCCUUUGGAUGUUGGUUGUUUUAUUUUCUGCUUAGAAAAUGCCCCUCUGUUGACAGGACCAAAAACUAAGUUGAAAUAUCAUCAAAAAGAUGUAGAUAUGCAACAAGGUCCUGGAGCAAAAAACUUCUGAGAGCUCCUGCAGUACUGCAGAAUCCUGACUGCACUAUAUAGAAGUCCUUGAGAUGUGUAAAUUCACAGUGAUGAUGCUUUCUGGAGUUAAGGAAACUCUUCAAGGAGAAAGUAUUACAUGCACUUCUUCCUGGGGCAUACUGGUCCCUAGAACUGGGUCUCCAAAGAGUAUAGUAUCUGCUCUAAAACAUCUAAGGUUACAUAGUUAAAUACUUCUAGAGAUUAGACACUAGGGGGUAAACUCUAUCUCAUUCUUAAAUAUAAAUGUGUAAGGAAAUUAAGUUCUGAAUAUAUCUGUAAGUUACCCUUUAAACUAUACAUAGCUCAUAAUUUCAUAAGGAUUAUACUCCAAUCAACCUUUCAUCAUUUUUUCAAGUCAACUAGAGCCCUGGGGGGGGGGGCCUGUAUAGAUUACAGAUAUAAUUUAUUGUCAUCAUAACUGGCUUCCUUUUUGGGAAUCAUUUCCAGGUACAGCAUCUAUAGAAGAUUUAUUUCACAGAUGUACAUUUACAUGCAUUUGUUGAACAGUUUCUAGAAAACCCCACUUUUUUGAAAAAUCUAUUAUUUUCACUAUGUGCAUUAUAAUGUAAUCCACUGCAACCAAAAAGGGGGCUCUUUGGUCAUUUCACAUUUUAUUUUCCAUAUGUGUAAUGUCUAACUUCAAUUAUCUUGACAGUUUUUAGUUUUUGUGUCAGCUGUUGGAACUUAAAAAUAACAAUCCUCUACCUAGAUUAAGAGUCGCAAUCUAGAAUGUCAACAUAGCUAAUGGUUUUUAAAGACUUCUUACCAAAAACCAGAGGAAGAAAACCUUAAAAUAAGGUGUUGAAGGAAGCUCAUUCUGUUGCAUUGACUCAAGAGCUAGCAUGUAAGAGAAAGGAAGUAGAAUUACCAUGAAUUGUAUCAGGAGAUAAUUUUUCACAGUGAUUUUUCCAUUUAUCUGAACAUUCAUAAUAUCCUUCAUUUUUUUAAGGUAAAGGAAGAUACUGUGGUGCAUAUAAAUUAUCAAAGCUAGAAGAUUAUCUAUACAACUGUAGAUGAUAAUACUAUAUUAAGUAUUUGAAAGUUGCUAAGACAGUAGAUCUUAGAAGUCUUCACAAAAAAAAAAUUCUUUUGGACUGUGUAAGGGGAUGGAUAUUAACAGACGUUAAUGACAUAUGUUAUGGUCAUAUUGCAGUAUAUACACAUAUUGAUUCAUUAUGUUGCACACCUGAAACUAAUAUAAUUUUUAAAAACUAGAGGAUUAUCUUGAUUUAUAUUUCCCAAGACAUCAAGAGAGAUUAAUAUCAGACUUGCUACAUACUAUUGAAGAAUUUGGAGGAUUAUAGUAAAAUUCUAUCCAGUUCAUCUUAAAACAUAAUUUUUUGGGAAGAGAAAAGAAACAUUUCACUUACAUAAUCUAUUUCUUGGCAUAUGGAAGAUAUGAUUUUAAGGAUUUUUUACCAGAGGAAUUUGCUGUGACAUAGAGUAACUGUUCUUGAUCCAAAGACAUAUACAGCAUUAAUGUGUUGUGAAAUCAACAACAAAAACAAUAUGCACUGAGUUGUACUUUGGACUUUCCAGAUGAUUCAAAUUCUAGAAUCAUGUCCAUUGUCUUCUCAUGUGGUGAAUCUGUCAGGAACAUAAGCUGUAGUGUAGCAUGGGAAAUUAUCUCAAACAAUUAAUAAAGUCAUUAAAACUUUCCCCCAUCCAUAAAUUGGGACCUCCUAGAUAUAAGUACCACCUAUGAUUCUCUGGAAGCUUGUGAGUUCUGUCAUCAACACCCACGGACAGUUCUUGACUCACUGCUUGGCCAUAAUGGAUGCUGAGUGUCUCCCUUCCCUUCCUUUCCUCUCAGAUGAAAACUCAGGCAAGUUGACAUGUCCCUAUAGCUGCCUAAGGCUUAAACAUACCGAAUAAGGCCCCUUUCUUUUCUUUUCUUUUUUAAAGGAAGGUUAAUUGGAAGAAAGGUUACAGUGACGGCUCAUAAUAGGAUUUCAGUGACUGUUUAUUGGCUGAGUGCAGAGUGUGGUUUUAAAAACAAUAAGCAAAUGAGUAAGGCUAGAACUUUUGAAGUCUGGGAAAUUAAGUCCCACAGACAUAUUCGAAGGUAGUAUUUCUUUAACUUUCCUCUUUUUUAUAAUAGCUUUACAUUACAUGAUGAAGUUGGUGUACAACUUGAGUGGCGUAUGAGCUUUUUCUUCUGAUUUUAUGACUGAUUUAAAAAUUAGGGAUGCAAAUAGGCAUUUCCCUCUAGCUGCUUCUGGGAUGAAUCCAGCCAAGAGCCGAAGCAGAUGAUGGUGGAUCGGCAAACUCUUUUUUUCUGUGUGAAGAGAAACCAGAUGUGCCAGUGACUGGGAAGCACCUGCCAGAAAACUGAGAUGAGCAUGUCUGGAUUGUUCUCCGUGAAGAUUCUGAGUAUUGAAAACAGAUCCCCCACAUGGGCAUUCGAGAAUAACAAACACAGAGGUUAAAUAAAAUUACAUUCUUGGACAAAAUGGGUGGUUAACCUGUAAGUUUUUAAUUAGGUACGAGCAUGUCAUGUUCAAGCAGGUGCACAAUUUCUGAAUUUCAAAAUAAAUAAGGAAUAAAGAGUAGAAUAUUCUAUCCAGGGACAAAUAAGAGAAAUGAACCUGACCUUAUAUUGCCAAUUCUCUAUUCAGACCAAGUAUGAAAUAACAGGAAAUUCUUAGAAGAGAUCAGCUGACAACUAGUGCUGCUAAUAAAGCCAUUAUAGAAUUUUUAUUAAAUUAAACAAAAUAAGUUGUGUGGAGCAGAGCAUGUCAGCUAGCCCUUCUCUUUUAGAAUUUUCUAAUUUCACUCUUAUUAGCAACCUCAGUGGUCAUCAAUUAGAAAUUCCUGCAUCAGAUAUUUUACACUAACAGAUUCUUUGAUUAGAAAUUCUUCUUCAACUUUAUAUUAUUACUCUCUAAUGAGAUAAAAUUAAAUAACUUUCUACUCCAUGAUUAGUACCCACCAUUUUACACAUUUCCAUAAAAUGCCAAAACCAAUAAAAUGGUAGUUCAGAAAAAUGACAGCUUUUUAAAUAUCAAAAUAGAGAUUUUCUUUUAAAUUGUUUAAAUUCUUGGAAAUGGUUUCUUUUUUGAUUGUUGCUCAUUUGAAGGAAAACCUUUAGAGGAAAGCAAGAGGUUAAGUUCCACAUUAAGGGCUAGGUGGUAUUUUUUUUUUUUUUUUUUUUUGACAGUUGGCCAAAAUUUCUUCCACUGCAGCAAAAGGAAGUCAACUUUUAAAUCUGAUUUAAGAUGAGAAAUGUCCUGUAUAGAUGUACUCUGUAGCAUACUCUUUGUCAGAUAGCUAUUCCCUUAUUACCCCCCUAAUGAAAUGCUGUGUUGAAUAUCUCAAGGACAGAGUGAUACCUUGAUUGAGGGCUAGAGUCGGAAAUUCUGUUGUUCAUUGUAGUUGUUGCCCUGUUCCCUAGACUUGACAGUAUUCUAAGAUGGGUUACUCAGGUUACAUUCAGUGAAAAGUUCUGCCCCUAUAGAAAUGUGUGCAUGGACAUGAGAAAUCAACAUAUGCCCCUCCAAGUAGUCAAGCACAGAUUCCUUCUGAAUGAAAGCAGCAGUUUGGUUAUGUAAAUAUAAUUGCAAUGGCCAUUCUCUACCCGCCCCCCCCAAACCUCCUUUCAUCUAUUGUUUUCAAAGUCUCUGUGAAAAGCCUAAAGGGAGCAACGUUGUGAGCUCUGGGGUGUAUGCCCAUGCAUGCUGUGUUUGCAGACAUGUUCUCUUCAAUAAAUGGCUUUCACAGCGCUUCUGUCUUGGCCUCUUUUGUAAUCGUCCACAUUUCGUUGAAUGGGACAGAGCGUGUGUGUCGUUUAAAUGAUGAUCUGUAAAUGUUGCCGUGCUGUAGCAUGGCAGUGGGCAUAGGAAGUCAGAAUUCUCACUUGAAAGAAAGAAGGAAGCAAGAUUCCCCACACUUGCAUGCAAAAUUCAAGUAAGUCAUUAGCAUGUGUGCUGAUGCUUUUGUACAAUUGUUAUAUAUGAAUACGUUGUGAUUUUCUCCCCCUGUGAUCCUGUGCCAGGACACCUGGCUCAAAAUGGUGGGAGGUGGGGUGGCAGGGCAUAUUCAUUGUGCUCCUGCUGUGAUUCCCAUGGCCCCUGAAUCUUCAUCACCUGAAAAUUGUAGCAUCUCAGAACUCUUGGGACCUGGAGCCUAUUGGAUUUGAAUCCCAGCCUUAUCACUUUCUGGCUUCAGUGACCUUGAACAAUUGGAACAACUGUUGUGAAUGCUUAGCACAAUAUUUAUCACAGCCCCAAGUAAGCAGCCCCAAAUCUGAUUAAAAGAAGUUUUGUAAUAGUGUUUUGGUUUAUGUAUAGAUGGCAUCAUUUGAUGGUAACGGAUAAGUUUUUAUUUGUACUAAGUACAAGAUGAGAGGAGAGUAAAUGUAAAGACAGCAAAAUGUAAAAUCAAUAUAAGGAAGAAUAAUACAACACUUUGAAUUUUAGAGAUGAAAAGGGAACCUUAGGAUAACCUGAUUUAGAAGUUGCAUGUUGGGCCUCCCUGGUGGCGCAAGGGGUUAAGUGUCAGAACUAUGAAGCUAUCCACAGCCACUGCAGCGCAAGUUCAAUCCCCGGCCAGGGUGGUGACCCAUGUGGCGCAGCAGACCUCUCCUGUCUCGCCCGCUGCUCCCCUCAGCAGUGUAUUCAGUCAGUCUGCCUGUUCAGUCACUCUGUCUCUGGUGAAUCCUCUCACCCUCCCCACCCCCACCCGACAUCUCUAGCCUGCACCCCAGCUCUUGUAUGCAUAAAUAAAUAAA